AUGACGAUGCGAGCGCAUCACGCGCGCGCGACGGUGACGACGACGAAGAGAGGGCGAUGCGAGCGACGCGAUAGGGCGCGAACGACGCCGCGGGCGCGGAUUUAUGAAAAUAUUCUCGAGACGGUCGGGGACACGCCGGUGAUCAAGGUCAACCGACUGGCGCCGGCGGGGAUCGAUAUGUACGUCAAGUGCGAGUAUUUUAAUCCGUUGAGCAGCGUGAAGGAUCGAUUGGCGGUGGCGGUGAUCACGGAUGCCGAACGACGGGGGUUGUUGAAGCCGGGGGAUACGGUGGUGGAGGCGACUUCGGGCAACACCGGGAUCGCGGUGGCAAUGGCGUGCGCUCAACGCGGCUACAGAUGCGUCAUCUGCAUGGCCGAGCCGUUUUCUGUGGAACGUCGGAAGAUCAUGCGCAUGCUCGGCGCGAAAGUCAUCGUGACGCCGAAGGGGGGUAAAGGUACGGGGAUGGUGGCCAAGGCGGAGGAAUUGGCGGAAAAGAAUGGUUGGUUUUUGUGCCGACAAUUCGAGAACGAAGCCAAUCCCGCGUACCACGCCUCGACUACGGGGCCGGAAAUCUUGCGAGACUUCGCGGGUAAGAAGCUCGACUAUUUCGUCACCGGUUACGGCACCGGCGGUACGUUCCAGGGCGUCGCGCGAACGCUCAAGGAAUCUCGUCCGGACACCAAGGUGAUUUUGCUCGAACCCGAAGCCGCGGCGUUGGUGACUUCCGGCAUCAAGACCGAGCGUAAGCCCACGGGCGCCCCGAAUGGGUCUCAUCCGGCGUUCGCGGCGCACCCUGUGCAAGGUUGGACGCCCGAUUUCAUCCCUUUGGUUCUCGAAAAUGGUUUGAACAUGAACCUCUACGACGAACUCGUGAAGAUCGAAGGCGGCGACGCCGUCAAGACGGCGCAAGCGUUGGCGAGAAGCGAAGGUAUCUUCACCGGUAUUUCUGGUGGCGCCACGUUCGCCGGUGCGCUCAAGGUUGCCGAAAAGGCGCCGAAGGGCUCGGUGAUCUUGGCGAUGUUGCCGGAUACGUCUGAGCGUUACAUGAGCACGCCACUUUACGACUCGAUCGAGGCGGACAUGAACGAGGAAGAGCUCGAGAUCGCGAAGUCGACGCCGUCUUUCCAACUUAUCCCGGGCCAAGAACCGACGCUGCAAAUGUAA